UGGCAACACACAGGAAAUCGGAGUCAAAGUCUGAGGUCAUUUCUCAGUCAUGGCGGAGUGCAGGAAAAGCACGCACAGUGAGUGUUCAAAGGACUGUGCCUCUCAUGAACUGAAGAUUCGUGACGAUGUUAAGGAUUACUACGGAAAGAGGCUGAAGAAGACCGCUGACCUCAAGAGCAACGCUUGCGUCGCCCCGGCCAGACCUAUCCCAGCCUACAUCCGCACGGCCCUGGCUGACGUGCAUACGGAUGUCACCGACAGGUACUACGGUUGUGGCCUGGUGGUCCCGGAGUGUUUGGAAGGGUGCAGGGUCCUGGACCUGGGCUGCGGCAGCGGCCGGGACGUCUACAUGCUGAGCCAGCUGGUGGGACAGAGGGGCCACGUGACGGGGGUGGACAUGACCGAGGAGCAGCUUGUAGUGGCCAGGAAGUACAUUGAACACCACACUCAGAAGUUUGGGUUCAGCGAGCCAAAUGUGGACUUCAUUCAAGGAUACAUUGAGGGCCUGGAAGAGGCGGGACUGAAAGAGAAUUCCUUUGACAUCAUAAUAUCAAACUGUGUGGUGAAUCUGUCUCCAGACAAGCCGCGCGUUUUGAGGGAGGCCUUCCGUGCGCUCAAGGACGGAGGAGAGCUGUACUUCAGCGAUAUUUACAGCAGCUCCAGGCUCCCCGAGGACAUCACGUCUCACAAAGUCCUGUGGGGUGAAUGUUUAGGUGGGGCGCUGUGCUGGGAGGACCUGGUGCGUCUAGCGGAGGAAGUUGGGUUCUGCUCUCCUCGACUGGUCACUGCCAGCGCCGUCACCGUGGACAACGAGGAACUGGAGAGCAUCCUUGGCGACUACAAGUUUGUCUCUGCAACUUACCGUCUCUUCAAGAUCCCGAAAAACAUCCCAAAAAAGAGCUGCUUGCUCACGUACGAUGGAAACAUCACAGGGUCUGAGAAGGCCUUGGAGUUUGACUGUCACUAUACAUUUAAGGCGAAUGAUGUCGUGGAGGUGGACGGAGAGCUGGCCAGCAUCCUGAAGAACUCCAGGUUUGCGGAAGAGUUCACCUUUCAGCCGGACACUCAGAGAUCGCUCUCUGGAUCCUGCUGUCCUCCGACAGCCAAGGCGGUCCCUGUGAACCCUUUUGAACUUGCUGAGAAGAUAAAAAGUGGUGGGACAGCCACAGGGGGGUGCUGCGGAGCACAGAAAUCCUGUGGAAAGUGAGAUUUGACCACAAAACAAGAAAACAUUUCUGCCUAUCAUGUUGCCAAAGCCAGGCUACACACGUGUAUUGAUAUAUAAGAGUGUGUUUUUAUUAUGAAUAUGAUUAAGACACAUAAAUUGUUCAUGUCUGUGAUGAAAGUGAAAUGCUGAUUAGUGUUUACUUGAUGAAGAUCCUGAACUGAUUUUAAAAUACCAGCAGGGGAAACCGCAAAGCUUUUUUAUUCUUUUUAGGAAGUACUUAAUUUGUUUUGAUUUCAUCCUGAAAUCCUGUUCUGUUCAUUUAUGUACCUGAAGUCAGGUAAACAAGUUUAUAACUGUCAUAUUCAAUCUUCGUAUGUGUUGAACAUGAAAGGACUUGUUAGUCCUGGGUUAAGUGUACAGAGACACUCAAACCUUUUGUAAUGAAGAAUCCAUUUUGAUUGCACACUUAACGCUGCUUACGAUCAAUAAAUAUGUGGAGCGCA